CAGUACUAACCUAAUCAAUAAUGAAUUGCCGCAACUUGCGAGAUGCCGGAAGCCGGAACCAAAAUUUAGUUAUGGGGGUGCUGGGGCACUUUCACUAAAACAGUGGCAGGUGGCAGGUUGUUCUAAAUCAAUGUCUUCGUGCAGCCGAGGCAAAUUGGUUUUUGGUUGCUGCACGGUGCACGACGAGACGACGCGAGAUACUAGUAGACACACACUAUGGCGGAUAGGAUUGUUUUAUAAUCGGACAGGAAACAAAGACCUACUCUAGCUAGCUAGAGAAUUGUUGUUGCUUUGCAAUCCACAAAGAGCCCACAGUGAAAGCAGAGUGAUCGGUUAUUAGAGUCGAGUCGAGUCGAGUCGAGCCGAGUCUAACCCAGUUCCAAUUCGACAAUGAGUGCAGAGGUUGCGGCUCUUCCGCUAACCGGUAUAAAGCAUCCUGGCAUCAAUGACGUCAUGUUUGGACGAGGCGGAGAAACUAACUACCAUAUUGGCAACCACAGAUUCCGUGUUUUAGCCGAUGAGCACAGAUCCUCUUACCGUGGGUCAAGCCGAAAGGAUAAGGCCAUCGUGGUUCACGAGGUCGUUCGCAUCUGGAGGGAAAGAAAGGGACGCUUCCUUACCAAGACAGACCCCGAAAAGGGAGAUGACAGCCUAUGGCACGACGUAGGAGACGAGGUUGCAAAAAAGAAGGCCGCAAAAAUCCUUAGUGAAAAGAGUUCUUCACGCCAACGAGGAAAAGCCGAAAAAGCAGGCGCCGACGGUGGCAAUGGUAAACGCCCCGCUGAGAAUUCCCCUGCUGGGGAAAGGCCUUGCAAAAUCAGGGCUGUUGAUGGAGCAAUUUCUGCAAAUGUGGCUGCUACUACAGCAACAGCAGCAGCUUCCACAUCAUUGGCCAUGCCACAAAGUGCUGCUACCGCGGCGUGGAUUCGCCAGUCGGCAUUGUUGCGUGGUCAAGCGCAGCUUCCACCCUCCAUGCAAUUGCCAGCAGCACCGCAAGCUGCGCGUCUGCCUCCGAAUCCUUUACAACAGCUUGCUGGUUUAGCAACCCCCAAUAAUCUUCUUGGUGGUGGCCUCAGCACGUUGGACUUAUUGCGUCUUCGGAACAAUCCAUUGGCCAUGCCCACCACGUUGCCCGGUACCAGUAUUGGGGCAUUGCCCUGUAUUGGGGCAUCGUCUCUGCCGCCGAGAGCAUUGGCAGCUGUAGCCGACGCUCUGGUGGCGCAGGAAGAGCAGCAACGGGCAGUGGCAGCCGCGUCCACCUCAAGAACUGUGCUGGCAAACUCCAUCUUGAUGAGAAAUCUCACCACGUUGCAAAACGGCAACCCCUUUGCCGCUGCUGCAAGUAGGAACAACGGCCGAAGUCACCUCGGCCUAUCCGCAGAGCAGCUGAAGCAGCUGGUCCGAGAUAGCCAGCCUGCUGGUUCGGGGCGAGAUCCAGAGGAAUGCAAGCGACCAGCCGAUUCCAAUGGUAAAAGCUAGAAUCGUAAAGCAGCAAAGAAUGAUUCGAUUCAAUCGAGAAACUCGGAUCCGCCACCUUUGCAUGGCUCGAGAGCGAGUUGACACACCAAGCUAGCUAGGAAGCAUUGCCUUCUUGCACACGUACGUGCAAGUGAUUGUUGCGUCGAGAUGUGCUACGGAGCAUUCCCAAGGCUCCGCUCGAACAGUCCAAUCGCAGAAUCGAAUCGUCCCGACUCACCGCUCGAGUAUGCUUCCGCAUUGUCAGCGGAAGCAAAAUGUUACGGUCACCAAAGUGCGACAAACAUCUUGUUGGUAUCAUAUUAAUAACAUAUCCGUAAAGCUAUAGAAUACACGAAAUGUCUUGCC